AUGACUUCAAGCCCUAAGCAUUUCUCUCUUGAAGAUUUUGACAAUUAUGAAUCAAGACGUGUUGUAAAUUCCCCCAGAUCCCUUGAAGCUUGCUAUCGAGAAGGUAUAGACCCAGAAGAACUUCUAUUUGUCCCAAGAGAAAAGUUUCAAUACAAAUCGGUUUCUCCAGGUGUCCAAGAUCUUCAAUAUGAAUUUUUCGAAUCCAAACGGCUAGAACUCUUACAUAUAGCCCGCAAAGUAAGACGACAAAUUAUUGCAGCCGAUGAAAAAUUUUCAAGAUCUUCUUCAUUAGGAUCUCUAGCUCAUCAAAAAUUGUAUGGAAAUGACAUAAAAAGAGCCAAAGAAAAACAAGUAAGAAAUCUUACAAGACUUGUAAGCUAUGAGACACUAGCUGCCAAAAAAUUAAAUGAAAAUCAAAAAAAAGAACAGGAGAAAGCAUUAGAAGAAGAAAGAAAGAAAAAAGAGCUUAUAAAGGAAGAAAGGCAAAAAGCGGAAAUAAAAAGGCUGAAAGAGAUAGAAAAGCUUAAAAAGGAAAUAGAAGAGGAAAAAGAAGCGAAAAUGAAAGCCUUGCUACAGUUUGAGCAUGAUAUGCAAGAGGCAGAGAAACAACAGUAUUUAGAAGAAAUGAAGCUGAAAGAAAUUGAGUUGAGGAGGCAAAAUAACGAUAAAAAGUUGAGAGAGCAUUUAAAGAGAGUAGAAGAAUUUUUAUUGGAAAUGCAAAGAGAAAAAGAACUUAUACUAUUAAAGUAAAAAGAAAAUGAAUAAGGAAAUACUUUUAAAUUAUUCUCAUAAAAAUAUAUAACUAUAUUUAGACUUUAUAUGAAUUUUCGAUCCAAUAUGGAAUAGAAUGAAGGCUAGAAAUGAAGAAGAAAAAUGAAGACAAGAAAAUAUUUUGAAACACCAAAAACGACUAAGAAAAAAAAUCCAAAAACAAAGAAAAGCUAAAGAAAUAAGAAGUGAAAUGGUCAGAGCUUCUCUAGAAGAGCAGCUAGAAAAGAAGCGUCAAGACUAUUAUGUAAAAAAAGAGAUCGAAGAAAAAAAGACCAAAAAAUUUUUUACUCUCCCCUUUUAUGCACACAAGAGAUUAUAUAAAAAAUAAUUUUUUUAGAAAAUCAAAUUUGGAAGCAUUUGAAAUGAAAAUGCAAUUUAAUUUAUAAAAUCAAGUUUUUGAAUGCAGGCUCUCUAAACUUUAAUUAAGUUUCCUUAUAAAAGUUCAAAAAUAACUCAUACAAACAUUUUUAUAUUAAAUAUUUUCUGCCAUAGGGGAAGAUUUUUCCAAUAGUUUUGCUCACUCUUAAAUGGAGGAUUAGAAGAAAAAGCCGAACAACUUAAAAGUAUCCAAUCAUUAAGCAAAGAAAGAGAUUUAAAAAUAUUAAAAACACGAGAAGUUGCUGAAGCAAUUAUAGAAGAGCGGCGUCAAAAAAUCACAGAAAAAUCAAUUAAAAGCCAGCAAAGGGUGGAGCAUCAAAAAGAUUUACUGCAGCAGCAAAUUGAGUUUAAAAAGAACUUAGAUGAGCUGAAAGAGCUCAAAAAAGAAUGAAAUAUCAAAAGACAGAAAAAGAAAGAUGAAUAUUUAAAACAAAUGGCUAGAUUGCGCAUGAAAAUGGAAGACGAAAGGCUGCAAAACUUUUCAAAAGAAAGAGAAAGAAUGAUCCAGACAAGGCAAAAUAUCAACUCUGAAACCCAGCUGCAGCAGUUUCAGGUAAAAGAAGCAUUAUUUAAUAUGGCAGUCACCAAAAAAUGGGACACAAAAGAAAUAGCAACAAUAUUAGAAAAAAAUUCUGAAGGAAAAGCAAGGUCGCUGAGAAGCACUCAAGACAGAUUUCUCGAAGCUCCUCCUCCAGUAUCCAGAUAA